AUGCUACCACUUUAUUAAAUAUUUUUUGUAAAAUUUUUAACUUUUUAAGUGAAUUUAUAUUAUAAAAAGACAGAUUUUAAUUAUAUUAUGAUCAAAUUACCAGGGAAUAUUUAAACACUCAAAACUUCUAAAGAUAAACAAUUUAAAGGUAUUUCCUAUACAAUUAUUCAGUUCAUAUUACAUAUUGUGGUGGAUGAGGAUAUUGGUCCCAAUACAACUUGGCCUAAUAAUACAUUAAAUCACUAUAUCCAUAAGCCAAAGUUACAGGCAAGUCCUAAGAUAAGGUAACAGGUG